AAGAUUUGUGAUUAGAAAUAACAUUAUUACUAUGUAAUAUCUUCAAUACAUUGUAUGUAUAUUUUUACUGUUAGUAGAUGUAUUUAACUUUGACAAGUGUAUUUUCGGCACCAGGCAAAUUAUACGCUAGUCUGUGGCGUGGCGUCACGAGAAUAGCAUCGUGGGGUAAAUUCUCGUCUCGUUCAGAAAUAAUAUCUACCUACGUAGUACGUAUUGUUAACGUUACGAAUCUGUAUAUGAUCAUAAAUAUUUAUUUAUAAAUAUUUUGAGUGUUCCAACAUUCAGACCACAAUGAACUUAGGUAAUGUAGUUUUGUUAAUACCUAUGUGUUAACUCUGUUGUUAGGGGAGAAGUAUUAAUAUUGUUAUGAGUUUUGGAGUAAACUUGUGUAAACAAACAAGUGAAUGAAUAAGUGUUACGACAAAGAAUUGAGCAAUUUGGUUAUGAAAGCUUAUGAAUAGCAGCUGAAACGUCGUUUCAUUUCCUGGAAGGAACCCUUGCUAUAAGAUAAUCAGCCACUGUGAAUCCGGUUUCUUUAAAAUUGCGAUCAAUACUGUUCUGUUUGAGUUCUCCUAAGUGAAGCGAGUGAGCGAUACCGCUCUUCGAUUAUGUUUGUGUAUAUGUACGUGACUAUACGAUCUAUCGCAUAUGAGUUAGAUAAUAUAUGUUUGAAUUACGUAGAAUCAUAUAUGGAUCAGUUAUAUCGAGUUUAGUCACUUGUAACGAAAAGCAAUGAAAUAUGCAGUCCUCUUUACCGAGCCAAACCAUCGGCUGCAUCGGGAAAUGUACUUCUGGACUAAGUAUCCAUGACUUAGAUCAGAUUACAGAUAAUAUACAUAAAACUCUGACUCAUCCACGAGGAAGGGAGAUUUUUAGAAACUUUUUGGAACAACGUGGUCUCACGGACAACCUCAAGUGUUUGGCAUUGUACGAAACAUGUUUGCAGAUUCUCACAGAAGAGAGUAACUUUUCACACUCUAAAAAGGAAACAACACUGGAGUCGUUAACCAACAGAGUUAUGCAAGUGAAAGAAAUAGCUGAAGAUUUGGGCGGUGUACGGCAGAUAGAUAUGGAACUUCUACAACGUUUCAAUGAAGCGUUAAAUAGCAAUUCGAGGAGUUCUUUGCUCAGCAUAUUAGCAGAUACCAAAAAUCGAUGCCGCGAUCAUUUGAAUCGUGUUCAUGGAAGUUUCAAACAAUAUGCAUCGAAACCGUGUCCAAGAAUUAAAUAAUUAAUGAACAUAUCUUUUUUUUGUAUCUUCGUGCCUUUAAAACUUCAUUCGUACAGAUACAGGAAGUUAUUCUCCAUUUUCUUUAAAUAUGUAAAAGUUAAUACGUGAAAUGUGUUUCAUGUAACAAUCUAUAUAUGCGAUGACGAAUGUCGUAUAUUUUCUGUAUACUUUUACUCAUUGAAAUUGCGAUAUCGUUAUACUGUGAUUAUUUAAAUUAUGUAAUUUAAUAAAAAAAGAAGCAAAAAUUAAAA